AAUCUAUUUGUCAUCUUGCAGUGCAAUGGCGAGGAAUCUACCUUCAGCUCUGUGUCUCCUGUUUGGACUUAUCUGCCUCCCAUAUACAGAAUGUUGGGAAGCACCCUGGUUUUGUCAUGGAUAUAAGUGUCCCAUGUACACCCUGGUAAAGGAAUAUCAGGGAUUUGAGGAGCGCAGCUACAACAUGAGCUAUUGGAUUGCCACUGAUAUAACGAGUACCGGCCAGAGUGAUAUAAAGGAUGGAUUUUGGAAACUGUAUAAUUUUAAUCAAGGACAAAACAGUAAGAGUAAGGUGAUUGAUAUGACCAGGCCUGUGCUGGUGUCGGUGAAGGAAGCUGAUGGUAUGGGGGAGAGACAGGUGUCCAUUUCCGUCUUUCAAUCUGACUCAGACAUCCCUGAACCCACUGAUACGACCAUCAGAAAAACUGUUGCACCAGCCGGUACUGUCUAUGUCAGGUCAUUUGGUGGUAUGGCUUCUGAUCAAGACGCCUUAGAGAAUGUGCAGCAGCUCAAAGACGACCUCAGGGCUGCAGGAAAGGACUUUAUUGAAAACAGGUUUGAUGCAGCUGGCUAUGACGCACCGUGGGAUUUGAUCAACAGGCACAAUGAAGUUUGGGUUCGAGCACCCUGAGGAUCUGUUCCUUAUUCCUAAGUUCCAGUCUGUUCAAGAAUGUCUUACAUAUGGGGAAAACAUUUAUAUCGCUUUUCACGUUACAGCCUUAAUCAUUGUGUUAACGUGAUUUAGUGCAAUCUAUUGUGCAAUCUAAGUGUAGAAGCACAUUUGGGAUUAUAAAGUGCAAUAUGUGGACUAUCUUCUACCUCUGUAGGUUCACACUGACAAUUAUUUGAAAAUAAAACUUUUGACUUUCUUCAAAACA